AUGAAGAUCAACACCGAACUUGGAGGCGUCAAUUCACUACCAAGGUCGGGUGCUUUGGAGAAGCUCACGAGCGCUCCAUUCAUUGUUAUAGGGCCAGGUGCCAAUGUGGGAUAUCCUGCACCUGGCACAGUCAACCAGCCCUCUGCGGCUUCUCUCGUCUAUUUGUUUGAUCAGUAUUAUGCUGCACACUGGCAGUCCAGGUAUGAGGCAAUGAUAUCAGUCCAGCACCACAUCAAGAGAAAAAUCGACGAGUUGCACUCGCUGGUUUACCGAGCAAUCAACAAAUUCGACGAGCGUAACAGGGUCACACCUAUGGGAAUACAGAAUCAUGGGAAAGAGGAAAUCAAGGACAUCACAGGGGCGAUCGAUGACAUCUGGUGCAACAAAAGUUCAAAAUCAGAGUUAAUAUUCAUAGUUGUAGGUAAACGGCACCAUGUCCGAUUCUUCCUGAAGAACAGGAACAAAGCGGACAAGUCUAGGAACUGCCCUGCAGGAUUCAUUGCUGACCAGGGAGUGGACAAUCCCACAGUUGGGAUGGCCUCACACCCUGCCGAUCUCUCGCAGAUCAACUUCCCAGACUAUUUUGCCACAUUCACGCCUCAUGUCUUCUCAAGCCGUGUUAUUAUCACAUACAAACCUUACCCAAAUUCCCUGUCAGAGACUCAUCAAAGAAGACGCCAGCAGAUGUCAUUGUGGCAUAUCUUGUUGUACGAGCGUCAGUACCGGAAGAUACUUUGUGAACAAGACAUUCUCUGGCGAAUCAAGGGUCUCUUGGACAAUAACACCAGCUACUUGCUGCGUGCACGCUACUCUACCAAUCAUACCGCCCUAUCUGAUGUGCCAAGACCAACACACCUCAUGGAUGAAGGGUAA